UUGUGUUACGACCUGGCGGGGAACAAAGUGCGGCGGCGGCGGCGGCGGCUGUAGCAGCGCGCGCGCGCGCGCCAAACCCGGUCCUUGAAGUUCCCGAUCAUCUUUUUUUUUUCUUUUAGUUCGUCUUUUUAAGAUCGAGGUGUCUUUAUCUGCCAGCGACAAACAGCCCGGCUUCGCUUUUAGUGGGGGAGCGCGUGUUUGUGUUGCCCUCUGAAACAGGGUUUCCCCGUGCCGUGGUGCGGGCUGCCCCUCCGUGUUUCCGCGGGAGCCGCGCGGCCCCGGUCGGCCGGCCGUCUUUGUUCUCUCGCCGGCAACCAUGGCGACCUCGACCCCCGUCCGAUCGAGGCCGGGCAGCCGGGCCAGCGCGUCCAGCACCCCGCUCAGUCCCACCCGGCUGUCCCGCCUGCAGGAGAAGGAAGAGCUGCGCGAGCUCAACGACCGGCUGGCGGUGUACAUCGACCGCGUGCGCUCGCUGGAGACGGAGAACAGUGCCCUGCAGCUGCAGGCCAGCGAGCGAGAGGAGGGGCGCGGCCGCGAGCUCUCCGGCAUCAAGGCGCUCUACGAGACCGAGCUCGCCGACGCCCGCCGGGCCCUGGACGACACGGCCCGAGAGCGCGCCAAGCUGCAGAUCGAGCUGGGCAAGUGCAAGGCCGAGCAAGAGCAGCAGCUGGGCCACUAUGCCAAGAAGGAAUCCGAUCUUACCGAAGCCCAGAACAAGUUGCGAGAGUACGAAGCGGCCCUGAAUUCCAAAGAUGCUGCUCUGGCCACGGCACUUAGUGAUAAGAAAAGCCUGGAGGGAGAUUUGGAGGUCUUGCGAGAUCAGUUUACACAGUUGGAAACUUCCUAUGCUGCAGCCAAGAAACAGCUAAUGGAUGAGACCUUACUCAAAGUGGAUCUCGAAAACCGUUGUCAGAGCCUCAUUGAAGACUUGGAGUUCCGUAAAAAUAUGUAUGAGGAGGAGAUCAACGAAACAAGAAGAAAACACGAGACUCGCUUGGUGGAAGUGGAUUCUGGGCGCCAGGUGGAAUAUGAGUACAAACUGGCCCAAGCACUACAUGAAAUGAGAGAGCAACAUGAUGCGCAAGUGAAGAUGUACAAGGAAGAGCUUGAGCAGACAUAUCAUGCUAAACUUGAAAAUGCCAAGCUAUCUUCUGAAAUGAAUACUUCCACGGUCAACAGUGCUAGGGAAGAACUGAUGGAGAGUCAUAUGAGGAUCGAGACUCUCUCCUCCCAGCUUUCUAACCUGCAGAAAGAGUCCCGAGCUUGCAUGGAUAGAAUACAGGAGCUGGAGGACCUCCUGGCUAAAGAAAGGGACAAUUCUCGCCUGAUGUUGUUUGAGAAAGAGAGGGAAAUGGCAGAGAUAAGAGAUCAAAUGCAGCAACAGUUAAAUGACUACGAGCAACUUCUGGAUGUCAAGUUGGCCCUAGACAUGGAAAUCAGCGCAUACAGAAAACUGUUGGAGGGUGAAGAAGAGAGACUGAAACUCUCUCCAAGUCCUUCUUCUCGGGUGACAGUGUCCCGCGCAUCAUCAAGUCGCAGCGUACGUACAACUAGAGGAAAGAGAAAGAGAGUUGAUGUUGAAGAAUCUGAGGCUAGCAGUAGUGUUAGCAUCUCCCACUCAGCCUCAGCCACUGGAAAUGUUAGCAUUGAAGAAAUAGAUGUUGAUGGGAAAUUUAUCCGCCUGAAGAACUCUUCUGAGCAGGAUCAGCCAAUGGGAGGCUGGGAGAUGAUCCAAAAAAUAGGAGACACUUCGGUCAGCUAUAAAUAUACCUCAAGAUACUUGUUGAAGGCAGGCCAAACUGUUACAAUUUGGGCUGCAAAUGCUGGAGUCAUUGCCAAUCCUCCCACAGACCUCAUCUGGAAGAAUCAGAACUCUUGGGGCACUGGUGAAGAUGUGAAGGUUGUAUUAAAAAAUUCUCAGGGAGAGGAGGUUGCGCAACGAAGCACAGUCUUUAAAACAACUUUGCAAGCGGAGGUGGAAGAGGAAGAGGAGGAAGGUGUCGAAGCAACUGAAGAAGAGACCUUUUUCCACCAGGAGGGGGAUCCACGGGCAUCCCACAGAACCUGUGCAGUUAUGUAACAGAUUCCUCAACUGAAAAAUCUUCAGUUAAAAAAAAAAUAUGGUAAUCCUCAUCUACAAACAGCACAGAGCCUUCUCAGAAGCACAAAAUAUUUUUGUAUUUCUUUAAUGUGAAUUUUUAAGCUGUGAGUCUGAUAGCCUUCCAUGACACUUGGAAAGAAAGUUUUUAUUAGAAAAAAAGUGAUCAUUGCUCUCUUGCAAGGGGUGAAUUAUGAAGACUGAACUAUAAUGGUUGGAUAUGUACUCUUGACAAUGCUAUCACACAUUUCUGCCUUUUAUGUUGCUGAUGUUUUGUGUCCUUGCACGAAGGGAAACCAACCACUGUCUGGAGGCUAUUCAAAGGCUGCUCCAUCUGUACUAGCCAACUACUGUUGAUUUUUCUCUUAUCUGGUCAUGGUGCUGAGGGUGGACGGUGGAAACACUUUCAAUAUUUUGGACAUUUUUGUACUGAAGUUUUUGUAAUUGAGGUAAUUUUUUUUAUAGAAAAGAUAAAUUUGCCCAAUCUUCAUGUAAACCCACAGGAUGAUUGGCUACAGUGAAACUUGUCUUUAUUGGUACUUUUUCUUAGAUUUUUAAC